GAGUGAAAGAGAAAGGGAAGGAAAAAAAAAAUAGGAGGAGUGUGAAAGAAAGAAGAGAUCCUGAUGGAAAUCAGGGCACUGUGACCAGCUCCUGCUCGGAGCGGGGGGAAGGCGAGGCAGAAACGAGAUUUCCCUACAAGUUUUGCUGUUGCCGCUGCCUGAAGGUUGCUGAGGAGCCUUCCCCGCUCGGCGAAGGGGGAAACCACUCCAGGACUAACUCCAGCAGUAGGAAGACCGAGGAGUGGAGUGGAUGAAUAUACCGAUGAGAGAUCCAGUGAUCCCUGGGACAAGCAUGGCUUAUCAUCCUUUUUUACCUCACCGGGCACCGGACUUUGCCAUGAGCGCCGUGCUGGGACAUCAGCCUCCCUUCUUCCCGGCCCUGGCUUUGCCCCCCAACGGGGCAGCCGCCCUCUCCCUCCCCGGGGCCCUGGCUAAGCCCAUUAUGGAUCAGCUAGUGGGGGCUGCAGAGUCUGCUAUCCCCUUUUCUUCCCUGGGCCACCAGGCAGCAGCUCAUCUGAGGCCUUUAAAAACUCUGGAGCCAGAAGAAGAAGUCGAAGACGACCCGAAAGUGCACCUGGAAGCCAAAGAGCUUUGGGAACAAUUCCAUAAAAGAGGCACGGAGAUGGUGAUCACCAAAUCGGGAAGGAGAAUGUUUCCUCCGUUUAAAGUGAGAUGCACUGGACUGGAUAAAAAGGCCAAGUACAUUCUAUUGAUGGAUAUUGUGGCGGCUGAUGACUGUAGGUACAAAUUCCAUAAUUCCCGGUGGAUGGUAGCCGGCAAAGCUGACCCUGAAAUGCCAAAGAGAAUGUACAUCCACCCGGACAGCCCAGCCACUGGAGAACAAUGGAUGUCCAAAGUCGUCACCUUUCACAAGCUGAAGCUCACUAACAACAUCUCCGACAAGCACGGAUUUACCAUUUUAAACUCCAUGCAUAAGUACCAGCCCCGCUUCCACAUCGUCCGAGCGAACGAUAUUCUCAAGCUUCCCUACAGUACGUUCCGGACCUACGUGUUCCCAGAGACUGAAUUCAUCGCAGUGACCGCAUACCAGAAUGAUAAGAUCACUCAAUUAAAAAUUGACAACAACCCCUUUGCCAAAGGUUUUCGUGACACCGGGAAUGGAAGGAGGGAAAAAAGGAAGCAGCUGACCCUGCAGUCCAUGCGAGUGUAUGACGAGAGGCAGAAGAAAGAAAACCCUACUUCAGACGAAUCAUCCAACGAGCAGACAGCCUUCAAGUGCUUCGCGCAGUCCUCCUGCCCCGCUGUGCCCACCGUCGGCACCUCCAGCCUCAAAGAUCUCUGUCCCAGCGAAGGUGACAGCGAUGCCGACAGCAAAGACGACCCUUUGCUAGAAGCCAGCGAAUCGGGCAAAAUCAGCACGACCACAGCCACAACCCCCGCGCCGGCCAGCUCCGGGGCGGCUGCGAGUGACGACCCCCGGGACAAGGGGGGCAGCCCUUCCAAAAGCCACUUCUUCCCUAGCGAGUCGGCGACGAGCCGGAGCCGGGAGAGGACGGAAAAAGCCCCCCCGGACUCCCGGCACAGCCCGGCCACCAUCUCCUCCAGUAGCCGAGGGGGAGGCUUGAGCGGCGAGGAACUGAAAAGCCCCCUCCGGGACGGCCCUAAAGUAGACGAGAACCGGCUGCUGGGCAAAGAGCCCUUCGCCCCCCUCACAGUCCAGACCGACAGCACGGCGCACUUGAGCCAGGGACAUUUACAGAACCUGGGGUUCCCCCCGGCCCUGGCCAGCCAGCAGUUCUUCAACCCGCUGGGGAACGGGCAUCCGCUGCUGCUGCACCCUGGGCAGUUCGCUAUGGGGGGAGCGUUCUCCGGCAUGGCCGCGGGCAUGGGUCCGCUGCUCGCCACGGUGUCAGGGGCUUCCGCCGGCGGCUCGGGACUGGACAGCACGGUGAUGGCCACGGCGGCGGCCCAGGGACUCUCGGGGGCAUCCACGGCCGCUCUGCCCUUCCACCUGCAGCAGCACGUCCUGGCCUCUCAGGGCUUGGCCAUGUCUCCCUUCGGUAGCCUCUUCCCCUACCCCUACACCUACAUGGCGGCGGCGGCGGCGGCUUCCAGCGCGGCCUCCAGUUCUGUGCACCGGCAUCCCUUUCUCAACGCCGUGCGGCCCCGGCUCCGCUACAGCCCCUACCCGUUGCCCGUGCCCCUGCCCGACGGCAGCAGCCUCCUCACCACCGCUCUGCCCGGGGCCCUGACCGCGACCUCCGGAGAGACCAAAGGCAGCGCUCUGGCUUCUAGCCCCGGAGCCGUGCCCCUGGACUCCGCUUCGGACCUCACCAGCCGCUCGUCCACACUCUCCUCCGGCUCCGUAUCCUUGUCCCCAAAGCUGGGAGCCGACAAGGAGGCGGCUACCAGCGAACUGCAGAACAUCCAACGCCUGGUCAGCGGCCUCGACCCCAAGCAGGACAGAUCCCGCAGCGGUUCCCCGUAGCCGCCAGCUCAUUUCAAACUAGUCUCGCAAUGCACUUUGUUUGAAAGAAACCACAUCCUCCAUCCC